CCUCUCUAUAUUUCAUGUUUAUGCUAGUUUACUAAUUGCCACUGUAUUAGGCUCUAUGUUGCUUUGCUGAAUGACACUACCCUAGCUUUAGUUACCUACUGAGCUAGACAGCUAGUAAUGUAGCAGGAUGAAGAUAACUUCAUGUAUCUGACUAAUGUUACUAAGGGGCAAAAAGUAAAGAGGAAAUAAAAUCCUCUGCGAUUUAGGUUCAAAAGAAUGUGAACUGAAGUUACAAGAAACAGGAGCUCCUUAGCUUCAAAGAAAUGAUAUGCCUCUAAAGUUUAAAUGCAUAAUCACAGGAGGUAACAGUGCUCGUGUAAGAUGGGAUGAGGAAAAUCUCGGGGAAAUUGAAGCAAAUAAGCCUGUAAGGCAGAAAAUUACUGAACCCAAGACACCUUAUCACCCCAUGAUUGAUGAUGAUGGCUCUCUGUCUCCUAUGCGGGGUAGCUUCGAUGAUGUUGUUAGUGAUGCAAUGCGUGCAGAAGAAUUGCGGACUGCAUUAGAUACAGUGGCUUCUUCUAGUAGGAACACCAGUAAGGGAUCUGGUGGCUGGACAUCAUCUGAGGAUGAGGCUGAUCCUAUGGAACAAGAUGAAGAAGAUUCUGAAUCAGACAGGACUGCAAGCUUCAGGGAGCACAGAAGAGUACACUAUGAUGAGUUUCGGAAAGUAAAGGAGAUGCGGCGCAAAGGUUCUCUCCUUGAGGAUGAAGAUGGUGAUGAAAAUGGUAAUGAUAAGAGAAAGUAUGGGAGAAGUGAUUCAUCUUCAUCAUUAAGUGCUGGUGUGAGAGGCAUAGACAUUGAAGAGGGUUCUGCAACUUCAGCUCAACAAUCUUCUUUAUCUCCAUCCAAUGGAAGUUAGAAGCUACUGCGCCAAUAUAACACUUAGAAACUGACUCUAUUGGCUCCUAUUUUUGGAACUUUUAUGGUAUUUUACUGUAAGGCGAAGAUCUAUGGUUUUUGUGUAAAAUAC